AUGCUGAUGCCUAGUAAAUCCGAUUUUAGAAUGGUCUCUACUCUCACAUGCAUACUAGUUUAUUGUUCUUUUUCAAUUGGAGAGUUCAUUUUUGCAUUACCUCUCUUCAAUGCUGUUGGUGGCUAUCUCUUUGCUAACCUCCAAAUUGUAAUUUUAGGAUUUACUAGUAUCAUACUUUAUACUGGAGUAGUUGAGGCUUGCUCAACAAGAGAUUUAUAUAAUUAUGGAUGCUUAUUAAAGCUUUAUUUUGGCGAGAGUUCAGCUAAAAUAGGCUUAUUAGCAAUUGCAAUAAAGUAUACAUUGAGAAGUAUGUGAUGGCUAUUUUACUGCACAAGGCUUAUUUAUGCAAUCUUUAUUUACAUUAAUCCAAGCUCUAAUAAAGAUUUUUUUAAGUCGACUGAAUACAUUUUGAUAUCCUUAGCUUUUUUAGUCCUAGUGACAUUUCUGCAUUAUCAAGCUGGCAAAGUAAACAAAAUAUUGAAACUAAGAUAUCUUUCCUAUUUCAUUAUUUUUACGUGAAUUUAUAUGAUUAUUUUAAGCAUAGUAUGGCCUCCAGUAAAUCACUACGAGGAGCCAAAGAAGGAGAAUAUCCAUUAUGAUAAUUUUUGGUUUGCUUGGCUCAAUUUUUGCCUUUUUAUUAUGGAUACAAGCUCAAUCCAAUGCAUCCCGGUAAUUCUAAAAGAAACAAAUGAUGUAAGUUCGAUUAAAACAAUAAUUUGUUGUGGAACUUUUAUUAUAAUGGUGCUCUAUUUUUUAAUUGGAAACAUAGGAAAUGCUUUAAAUCCAAAUUUCAAAGAAUUUAUUGAACUUGUAACCUUUAGUCCAAAUAAUAAAAAUAUGAGCUAUCAAGAACUUGAAAAUAUUCCAUGAGUAAUUGGAGCUUUUUUCACUUCAGUAUCUUCGAUUUCUUUAUCUAUUUUUGGAUUAUAUACAUCAAGAUUGUGUGUUAAUCAAAUUGUAGAUUUAAACUUUCAAUUUGAUCCAUAUCGUAAUAGAGUUAUUAGUCUGUCUCUUAUAGGAAUUGUUAUUGCAAUGCUAUCAACGUUGCUGAUUGAUUUUAAUAAUCCUUUUGUUUCUAUUAUAUCACUUUUUCUUAUUACAUCAGGCUAUGUUGCAGAAAUGGCAUAUCCUUACUUGGUUUAUUUGAGGUAUCAAGCAAACAAUAUUAUUAAAACUCUAUUUGGCGUUUGGUACUUUUUUUGGAUAUGUCCAAUAUGGGUUUACAUUAUCCUUAUAGUAUUAAGGGUAGUUGACUCCUUUUAA